AUGUGUUAUAAAAGCACCGCAUUUGACGAGGAGGCCGACAAGGAUCGUCUAUUUGACGCUUACAUCAGUUACAGCGUGAAAGACGAGGCGUUUGUCGCUCAAAUGCUAGCGCCCGGCCUGGAAUCAACCGACCCGAGCUUCCGGCUCUGUCUACAUUACCGCGACUUUAAUGCCUCCGCUUACGUAGCGGACACGAUAAUAGAGGCGGUGGAGUCGUCCAAAAGAACCAUAAUAGUGCUAUCGAAGAACUUUAUCAACAACGAGUGGUGCCGGUUCGAAUUCAAAACGGCGCUGCACGAAGUAUUAAAAGAGAGGCGUAGAAGACUGAUAAUAAUACUCCUCGGCGAGCUGCCGAACAGAGACAUUGAUCCGGAGCUUAGGCUGUGCUUGAAAGCCAACACGUGCAUAGAGUGGGGUGAUAGACAGUUCUGGCAGAAGCUGAGGUUCGCGAUGCCGGACUUGCGGAAGUGCCAAUAUCAUCGUUCCACUGUAAAUAUUUACGCGUCGGUGUCGCCCGUGGGCGCUGGGCGGGCGCCGGCCCCGCCCCCUCCCCCGCCACCGGGCAAGCUUCCUCCCCUGCUCGGCGAAGGCCUGGCGAUGCCGGCAAGCGUCCACGCACGCGACACCCACACCCACCGAAUGCCGACGCACGCGCACCUCUGGGCG